UUCUCCUAUACAUAUAAAGCCCAAACCCCAAGUUCCCAACCUACAAGUGAAUCACAAAUCUCUAUUCUUUCUCUUUCUCUGGUAUCUAUAUACACAAACAAUAACCCUAUACACCUCCUUGGAUCAAUUGAAAGUUAAGAAACAUGUAUUCAUCUGAGAAAAGUGACAACCAGACAUCCACCCCAGCUUAUUAUGCCAGUAAUUCCCCACCUCUUCCACAAUUCGGUGCAGCCCCGGCCACCGGCAUUCCCGUGAGUUCAGCACCAGUUCCUUGGUCCUCCGGCCUCUUCGACUGCUUCUCCGAUGCCAAGAGCUGUUGUAUAACAUGUUGGUGUCCAUGCAUUACCUUCGGUCAAAUCUCUGAGAUCGUCGAUGAAGGAAAGUCCUCCUGUAUAGCAAAUGGAGCAAUCUAUGCACUGAUCAUGUACUGUACUGGUGGUUGUCAAAUCUGUUUCUCUUGUUGCUAUCGGUCCAAGAUGAGGGAACAAUAUAAUCUGGAAGAGGGUCCCUGUGCGGAUUGCGUGGUUCAUUGGUGCUGUGAGCCAUGUGCAAUCUGCCAAGAGUAUAGAGAGCUAGAGAGCCGUGGAUUCGACUUGAGCAUAGGAUGGCAAGGUAACAUGGAAAAGAAGAAUCGUGGAAUAGCAAUGCCACCUAUGCAACAAGGCAUGACUCGAUAGAAUGAAUUAUUGAAGACUAUUUGGUUAUAUGAAGGCCUUUGGCUGUGAAAGAUUAUUCUGUUACAAGAGAAGGCUGUAAAUUUUAUUUUAUUUUAUUUUAUUUAUAUAUAUUAUAUAUAUAUAUAUUUAGGAACUCUGUAUGAGAAUCUGCACAAGAGUUAUGCAGAAGUUUUCCUUUAAAUUCAUCAAAUAACGUAGGACCUGUGCCUGCAAGAAAUAUGUUAGAAAAAGGGGACCAGGGGAGAAGUUGUUGUUUAUACACAAGACCUUGAGGAGUCCAUUUAAGGGGGAGAUGACUCAGGACAUCAAAACCUAUAAUAAGGUCAAAGAAGAUCAAUCAUAGAAAAGCUCAGAAGAC